CUGAUUUUAGACUGAAAGAUGUGGAGUGGGCUGUUGCCUCCUGGUGUGAAUGAAAAUGAUGUUGACUUGAGUUCUGAUGAUGGAGACCCAGCGGAUGGCCCUAUAUCUUGCUCCAAGGAAGAUAAAGGAGAUGAGGAUGUCAAAGGAGUUCAGAAAUUUCAGGAGCUGCAGAAGAAAAACUUGGAAAUGAAAGUCCAAACAAAUCAGGAAAACAGGGGUAAAAAGAGAAAACGUUACAGAAAAGAAAAACUGAAAAAGAGCAUAAAAGAAAUGAUUGAAAGUCAGCAGUCUUCAAAUGAAGGUCAAUGGAAGGAACUCUCACAAUACUUUGGAAUUAAUGAUAGGUUUGAAUCUCUUGUGAGCAACAGGGCUGCCCAAAAGUCUGGUCUUGAAGUCAGCAUAGACAAAUCUGUGACUGAAGGGGAUAUUGAGAGAGCUGAGGAACUGAGUAAUAGAUUAGCCACUCGUGAGCUCGGCGUGAAAAUUGCUAAAGCUGUUGCUUGUCGCAACUUUGUAAAAGCCAAGCAAGAUACGGAGGCUUCCCAAGAAGCUCGAAAGAAAAAGAAGCUUGCCUGGGGAUUUGAAGCGAAGAAAAGAUGGGAAACAAAAAGCAACAUGGGAUACAUGUAGUUCUGUCUUGAUCUCAUCUGAAAGUAAAGCUGUUUAAAAUAUAAUUAUUGGGGGUUUAAUACAGUAUGUGCUGCCUCUUUUAUGCUUGCAUAACUAAAUCUUGAACAACUAAGCAAGAUUGAUAGUAGUUUAAAAAAACUAAGCAAAC